UUGUUUUGAUUUUCAAGGUGACGUUUAUAGGUUAAAAAAGACGUAUAAAACAAUCACGUAAUGAGAAGACGUAAAUAAUAAUUUUAGCUGAUGGUGCUUUAAAUUAUUUAUGUUAUAAACUUUUACCUAUCUUAUCGUUGCUUAUAUUUAUGUUAGUAGGUAACUUUAUAAUAUCUACUUUGUAUGUGAAGAGCUCAUCAAUUAAUGAUGGAGUAUUUUCGUCAAUUUCUACACAACUUUUUUCAUAAAUAUUUUAAUACUGAAGAAAUUGUAGCACCAGAAAUCAAGAGAUUGAAUGUUUACAUGAAUGGAAUUUACAAAAUAUUGUCCUGGGAAGAUCCUGUCCUUAGUUGGAGGACCCUGGGAAUCAUUCACUUUGUGCUUUGGAUCGUAUUACAGUUGCGUUUAAGAAUUUACAGUAUCAUAUCAAUUGUAGUAUUACUGCUUUUCUUAACGGAUAUUUACUUUGAGAGGUCAGGGGUUAUACCUGACGAGAGUGAAUCAGUGCAUCUGAACAAUUUGCUGACCUCUAGUAAAGAAUUUGUAGCCAAUAUUCAGUACUUUAAAAAAACCAACCCAAAAAAGUUCUGUGUAACAUUUUCUGGUUUUUUCCUAUUUUUGUUAAUAUUAUCUACAAAUAUUUCUGGAUUUCUGCUGGUUUACUUCAUACUAGUCAGUGUAUUUUUCACACCACUGAUUGCUUCAAAAAUACCACCUGAGUAUUUAUUGCCAAUAAAAAAAACUAUUCACCAUUUGAAGACAGAGGAAGGAAUUGUCACAGAGGCUGAUUUAAUGCCUAUAGUAUCAGAAAAAGAGUUGGAUAGUUUGUUAACUGACAAAAGCCAAGAUUCUGUCAGUAAUUCUUUCUUAGGAGGUCUUGUGUCAAUGCCUUCACAUCUGGAUAUAGAGGGAAGUCUGGACGAUCUCGAAGACGAUCUAGAAAUUCCAGUAAAGUCUUCCAAAGGAUCAGCUGUGUCCUACACUCCUGGUGAUCUUUCAACAGAUUCUGAUUCAGAGCAUAAAGGGAUCACCUUUGAGUCUUCUCAUUUCAACGGCGAUUCGUCAUCUGAAGAGGAAGAGAAGCGGUACAUGGCAGGCUUGAAGUUUUCUGAGGAGUCAAUGGACGUUCCUGACCGCGGAGAUUCCAAUUUGGGUGGGAAAAGUUCCGAAACAGGAUUACUUUCUAAUCUAUUAUCGGUAGGACAAAAUCUUUUUUCUAGCGUUGGAGGCAAAAGUGAAUCGGCCUCAAAAAGACACGACAGUGACAGCGAUUACGAAAUUAUUACUUCUGAGGACGUCGAAUGAAUAGUAGACGAACCUUUUUGUACCAUUUUACACAAUGUUACUAAUCAAUAUGCAAAGGGAAAAGAAAGAAUUUAACGUUAAUUUAAUAAUUGUCAUUGACUUGUACAGUCAAGCAUUUAGUUAAUGAAUUUAUUAUUUUGCAAUUAAUGUAUUUGGCGAAAAACUUUUUUUAUUUUUUGUUUGGUAUUUAAACGUAUUACUAUUUAUAAUAACGUUUCUACAAUUUCGGUUUUUGCUUGAUAGGGUAUAAAAGACGAGAAUUGUUUACUUUUUUUUUGUUUAAUUUCCUUUACAGGUGAUCUUAUUUUUUUAUACUUAAGUUCUAGUUUAGUACCUGUUGAAACUACUUAAAGAAUGUGAUAUGUUUAGUUAUCAUUAAACGGUAUUUUUUUAUUA